UUUUGAGGGUCAAUUGAUAUUUCUUUUCCAGCAAGCUCUAUCAGAGACAGACAGGGCACCCACCUCUGUUUUUCUGUUCCUUAUUUUAUUUUCCUUUAUGAUUUUUACAGCGAGAAACCCAUCAGUUAGAAUACUCGGAUUAGCAAGAAAAGAAUCAUUCACUAACAUCCCCAAAGAAAACUUCUCUCUCUAACUCCUCCCUCCCUCCCUCAUUAUAUUUUAAUAAUUCCCCGAUACCUUUCGUCUCUAUAUUUGCCUCUCUCUCUCUCUCUCUCUCUCUCUCUCUCUCACUGUGCUCUGUGUAUUGUGGAGCUGGUGUUCCUUGAAUGGGUCGCUCAGUGUAGUCUAAAGCUAUGUUCUUUCUUCUUUGUGGGAUUGUUUGAGAAAUGACAAAGAUAGUGGAGAAGGCUUGUUGAAGUAGAUCUCUCUCGUAUUGCGAAGAUUAAGGUUGUCAUUUGAGGUUUCUAAUGGAUACUAAGGGGAGACUUGUUGCUGGGUCGCAUAAUAGGAACGAAUUCAUUCUCAUCAAUGCCGAUGAGACUGCAAGAGUGACCUCUGUGACAGAAUUGAGCGGCCAGAUUUGCCAGAUCUGUGGGGACGAGAUUGAAGUCACUGUCGAUGGAGAACCAUUUGUUGCUUGCAAUGAAUGUGCAUUCCCUGUGUGUAGACCUUGUUAUGAAUAUGAAAGAAGAGAGGGAAACCAAGCUUGCCCUCAGUGCAAAACCAGAUACAAGCGUCACAAAGGGAGUGCUAGAGUUGAAGGUGAUGAUGAAGAGGAUGAUAUUGAUGAUUUGGAAAAUGAAUUUGAUAUUGGAAGUGUUCAUGGAGACCCUCAUCACAUUGCUGAGGCCAUACUUUCUGCUCGUCUUAAUGUUGGCCGUGGUGGCUCACAUGUCAAUGCUCCUGGGAACACCACGCCAUCAGAGGUAGAUGCGGCUUCUGUGGCUGCUGGUGAUAUCCCUCUCCUCACAUAUGGCCAAGAGGACCUUGGGAUUUCUGCUGAUAAGCAUGCGCUUAUUGUUCCUCCAUUCAUGGUUCGUGGGAAGCGUGUUCAUCCUAUGCCUUUUCCUGAUUCAUCUGUUCCUGUUCAACCCAGAGCUAUGGAUCCUAAAAAAGAUUUAGCAGUCUAUGGUUAUGGAAGUGUUGCGUGGAAGGAACGGAUGGAUGAGUGGAAAAAGAAGCAGAACGAGAAACUUCAAGUGGUCAAGCAUGAAGAUGGCGGGAAAAAUGUUGAUGAACUUGAUGAUCCGGAAUUGCCAAUAAUGGAUGAAGGCAGGCAGCCACUUUGGAGGAAGUUACCAAUUCCUUCAAGCAAGAUAAAUCCCUACAGGAUUAUAAUUGCACUCCGGAUUGCUAUUCUCGGCCUCUUCUUUCAUUAUAGAAUUCUCCAUCCUGUCAAUGAUGCAUAUGGUCUGUGGCUAACAUCAGUGAUAUGUGAAAUCUGGUUUGCUGUGUCAUGGAUUCUUGAUCAAUUCCCCAAAUGGUGCCCAAUUGAGCGAGAAACAUAUCUCGAUCGUUUAUCACUGAGGUACGAGAAAGAGGGAAAGCCAUCUGACCUAGCCAAUGUGGACAUAUUUGUUAGUACUGUGGAUCCUAUGAAAGAACCUCCACUUAUCACAGCAAAUACAGUUCUGUCCAUACUUGCUGUCGAUUAUCCGGUGGACAAAGUUGCGUGCUAUGUCUCUGAUGAUGGUGCAGCCAUGCUUACUUUUGAAGCCCUUUCGGAAACUUCUGAGUUUGCAAGGAAAUGGGUUCCAUUCUGCAAGAAGUUCAGCAUUGAACCACGUGCUCCUGAAUGGUAUUUUGCUCAAAAGGUUGACUAUCUGAGAGACAAAGUUGAUCCAACAUUUAUCAAGGAGCGUCGUGCUAUUAAGCGGGAGUACGAGGAGUUCAAAGUGCGUGUUAAUGCAUUGGUUGCCAUGGCACAAAAGGUUCCUGAGGAUGGUUGGACAAUGCAGGAUGGGACUCCAUGGCCUGGGAACAAUGUUAGAGAUCAUCCAGGAAUGAUACAAGUUUUCCUUGGUCAAAAUGGUGUACGUGAUGUUGACGGGAAUGAAUUGCCUCGCCUUGUCUAUGUGUCUCGAGAAAAGAGACCUGGAUUUGAUCACCACAAGAAAGCUGGAGCUAUGAAUGCAUUGGUGCGAGUCUCAGCAAUCAUUUCAAAUGCUCCGUAUCUGCUCAAUGUUGAUUGUGAUCACUACAUUAACAACAGCAAAGCACUUCGUGAAUCCAUGUGCUUCCUGAUGGACCCUACUUCAGGAAAGAAAAUCUGCUAUGUACAAUUUCCUCAAAGAUUUGAUGGGAUUGAUCGUCAUGAUCGAUACUCAAACCGUAAUGUUGUGUUCUUCGAUAUUAACAUGAAAGGGCUAGACGGCAUCCAAGGUCCAAUUUAUGUGGGCACUGGUUGUGUUUUCCGGAGGCAAGCACUUUAUGGAUAUGAUGCCCCAGCCAAGAAGAAGCCGCCGAGGAAGACUUGUAACUGUUGGCCUAAAUGGUGUUGCUGCUGCUGCUGCUGCAGUUCUAGGAAGAAGAACAAGAAAGUUAAGUCAAGUGGGAAAAAUAAAAUAAAGAACAAGGAGGCUCCAAAGCAAUCGAACUCACUAGAAAAUAUUCAAGAGGGAAUUGAAGGAAUUGACAAUGAAAAGUCAUUAACAAUGCCUCUAGUAAAAUUCGAGAAAAAAUUCGGUCAAUCUUCUGUCUUCAUAGCUUCGACUCUUCUGGAAGAUGGAGGCCUUCCAAAAUCAGCAAGUUCUGCCUCGCUCUUGAAAGAAGCCAUCCAUGUCAUUAGUUGUGGUUAUGAGGAUAAAACAGAGUGGGGGAAAGAGGUUGGAUGGAUUUACGGCUCGGUCACAGAGGAUAUUCUAACGGGUUUCAAGAUGCAUUGCCAUGGUUGGAGAUCUGUGUACUGCAUGCCAAAAAGGCCUGCUUUUAAAGGUUCAGCUCCUAUCAAUCUCUCAGAUCGUCUGCAUCAGGUUCUCCGGUGGGCGCUUGGAUCUGUUGAGAUAUUUCUGAGUAGGCAUUGUCCCUUAUGGUAUGGAUAUGGUUGCGGUUUGAAAUCGUUGGAGCGAUUCUCUUACAUUAACUCUGUCGUUUAUCCUUUGACUUCCAUUCCCUUGCUCGCCUAUUGCACUUUGCCCGCCGUCUGUCUCCUUACCGGGAAGUUCAUAGUCCCUGAGAUUAGCAACUAUGCGAGUCUUGUUUUCAUGGGGCUCUUCAUUUCCAUUGCUGCAACAAGUAUCCUUGAAAUGCAGUGGGGAGGUGUCGGCAUUCAUGACUGGUGGAGGAACGAGCAGUUCUGGGUCAUCGGCGGUGUCUCCUCGCAUCUUUUUGCGCUCUUUCAGGGUCUGCUGAAGGUUCUGGCAGGAGUGAACACAAAUUUCACUGUCACAUCAAAAGCUGCGGAUGAUGGAGAAUUCGCCGAUCUCUACAUCUUCAAGUGGACAUCCUUGUUGAUUCCUCCUCUAACCUUGCUCAUCAUAAACAUAAUCGGAGUCAUUGUUGGCGUCUCGGACGCGAUCAACAACGGUUACGAUUCGUGGGGCCCUCUUUUCGGCAAGCUCUUCUUUGCCCUCUGGGUGAUUCUCCAUCUCUACCCAUUCCUCAAGGGAGUCAUGGGAAAGCAAGAAGGUGUUCCUACCAUCAUUAUUGUUUGGGCUAUUCUCUUGGCUUCAAUCUUCUCCCUCCUUUGGGUCCGAGUCAACCCAUUCUUAGCGAAAAACGACAUCGUGCUGGAAAUCUGCGGGUUGAACUGUGACAACUAAAACAUACAUUAUAUUGAAAAAAAAGAAAGGUAGUUAUCAGAAGUAAAUGCAUUAGUUUUUGGUUUGAAGACAUGCUUGGUUGAAUGAAGCUUCUGCAAAAAUGGCAGGAAAGUUAUGGCGGGUCAAUGUAGAUAAUAUAAAAAUGGGAUUUGUUUUUGGAGAUUCACAAUUCUUUCUAUACAUGUGGGUUCUGCGUUUGGAAGGGAAUUGAAUGGAAAGAUCAGCUUGUAAUCCAACAAGAGGGAGAGACAAAUUAGUUAAUUUUAAGGUGGUUGUAAUUUAUAAUUCCCUCUUCUGAAUAAUAAGGUAUGUCAUAUUUGUAAUCAAUUUUUCUUUAUUUUUCUUUUUCUUUGUAAUUUGAUGAAAGGUCCCUCGAGCAGAGAAGGGGACUUAUAGUGGUUUUGUUCUUACUCUGAAGCAUGAAAUUAAUAAAACCAUCUUUAGUUUUUUUGUUUUGGUAAAAA